CUACAGCUCUUAAACCGGGAAAAAACGUACUUCCACUCUAAAGAAAGUUGAAGUAAAAAUAAAAAUAAAAAUAAAAUUUAAAAUAGAGACGACGUUCAGUUUCAUCCUGUAUUACAUUUGCCAGCUUCAUUCUCCCAGGAGAGAGAAAUAUCAUUCAUUUCCAUGGCUUCUUUUCCAUCUUCCUCCACACUUGUUCAUUAACCUACUUGAUUUCUCUUCCAUCGAUCGCCAUUGAUCAACUCUCUUCUCUCGCUAUUCAUCUCUCUAUCAUUCAUUCAGAUUUGAGUGUUGGAGAAGAGUACAUUGUGUGAUUUUUGUGGAUUUAGGAGUGUUGUGGAUCGCGAUAGGGUUAAAUGGAUGUUUGUGGUGAUGAAUGUGAUGAUUGUGAGGAUGUUUGAUAAAAGGAUUUAAGGUGAUUGCUGGUGUAUUUCCAGAGGAUUUAGAGUUUUUUUUGAAAAUGGCGGAUGUGGCAGCGUUUAUUGAAGCUGCUGGAUCAAGAUUUAGCGAUUUGGAGCUGAUUGGACGAGGUUCAUUUGGUGAUGUGUAUAAAGGCUUUGACAAGGAGCUUAACAAAGUAGUUGCUAUAAAGGUUAUUGACUUGGAGGAAUCUGAGGAUGAUAUUGAGGACAUUCAAAAGGAAAUUUCAGUUCUAUCACAAUGUCGCUCACAAUAUAUCACUGAGUAUUAUGGUUCUUAUCUCCACGAAACAAAAUUAUGGAUUAUUAUGGAAUAUAUGGCUGGUGGCUCUGUCGCUGAUCUACUGCAGUCAGGUCCACCUCUUGAUGAAAUAUCAAUAGCCUGCAUCUUACGUGACUUACUACAUGCUGUUGAUUAUCUUCAUGCCGAAGGAAAAAUCCACCGAGAUAUCAAAGCGGCAAAUAUUUUGUUGACCGAGAAUGGUGAUGUCAAGGUUGCAGAUUUUGGUGUAUCUGCUCAGUUGACAAAGACAAUAUCACGGAGAAAGACUUUUGUUGGAACACCGUUCUGGAUGGCUCCAGAGGUGAUUCAGAAUUCAGAAGGCUACAAUGAGAAGGCAGAUAUAUGGUCUCUGGGCAUUACUGCAAUUGAAAUGGCAAAAGGAGAGCCUCCCCUUGCUGACCUCCACCCCAUGAGAGUUCUUUUUAUAAUACCUCGGGAGAAUUCACCUCAGCUGGAUGAACAUUUUUCUCGUCCCAUGAAAGAAUUUGUUUCUUUCUGUUUGCGGAAAGUUCCCGCAGAGAGGCCUAGUGCCAAGGACCUAUUAAAACACAGGUUUAUUAGAAAUGCCAGGAAAAGUCCCAGGCUCCUUGAAAGAAUAAGGGAACGUCCCAAGUAUCCAGUUAAGGAUGAUACUGAUAUUGUUAGAAAUGGUCUCAAAGCUUUUGCUGAAGGAUCUGGCACUGUUAAGGCAACCAAAGAGCCAAGAAAAGAAGAAACUGUCCGAGCUAGUAUUCAGGGAAAAACUUUCAGGAAUGCAGGAUGGGACUUCAGUAUUGGAGGAUCACAGAGCACUGGAACUGUUCGAAGUGUUGUGAGACCACCUCCUGUGAGAGCUAAACGUGAAGAAAAUUCGAACAGUGAAGGUAGUCCAAGAAAAACUUCUGAUGGUGACAAUCAAUGGUUAUCGGCAUCAGGAAACGGACUUUAUGAAUCAUCAGAAGUUUCUCUUGGGAGAUUCUCCAGAGAUGAGGAUAAACAGAAUAGCGUUCAUGAAUAUGAUGAUGGUGCUUCAAUGGGAUCAGGGACUGUUGUUGUAAGAUCUCCAAGAGGGCGUCAGUCAUCUCCUUUUCGCAAUGAUCAUAGCACUCCAUCUGGCAGCACAUAUACCUCUGCUGAGGACACCUCUACUAGUGGCACCAUUGUUCUUCGGGGGCAACGUGAUGACCCGGAAUCUCCUCAAACGCCUAAGUCUAAACUUGGGAUGCCAGAAAGAUGUUCUAGCUCCUCUUUUGAAGACAGUGCUAUUAACUUGGCUGAGGCAAAGGCUGCCAUGCAAAAGGGUUUGAAGAAAGGUUUGAGUCGGGAAAGGCCAAUAGUGAACAAAGUGAAUAAAGAUAUGCAAGAAAACAGAAGAACAGAUCAAAUGUCCAAUAAUUCUGAAUCUGCCAGGGGUGAUGACUACUUGGAUGCUCAAAAAGCUUUCUUGAGGUCACAUUCUCAAAGUGACGAUGGGGAAUAUACAAAAGUUUCAACUGUGAUAUCAUCAGCUUCAUUAUCUUCCCUUCUCAUCCCGUCGCUGAAGGAGGUAAUAGCUGAUGACUCAGAAGGGUAUGCUCAUGGUGUAAUAAAUGCCCUUAUUGACAUGGAGCGGACAAAGCCGGGUUCCUCUGAAGUUUUUGUCAGUAGGCUGCUCCAUCGACUUGGAAGUACAAGGGAUCCCUCUUUAAGAGAUCUGCAGGAGUUAGCGGUUCACAUCUUCUCAGAAAGCAGUAAAGAUCUGGAUCAAAAUCAGAAUAUGAUUUCUGCUUCUGAUAGCAAAAAGAAGCUACAGAGCAAAGAGUUUCUUUCCGAUCCCAACAUAAGCCCCCUUGCCAGGUUUUUGCUUUCAAGAUGGCAUGGUCAAGCUUCUCGUGAUCUGAAUCCUACCUAAGAUGCUAUUUUAGCCAUAUAUGCACAUAAGCAUUUGUUACGCUUUUCUUGACGCAGUUUAUUUUUGAUUGAUGUACAUAAAGUUAACUUUUGCUCGUUUGUUCUUUUGUUUCCUUGAUUUUAA